AUGAGCUGUGAAGACCAUGGAGGGGAUCUACUGAAGCAGAUGAGCAGUCAAACUAAGCAAUUUCUGAAAACCACCCAGAAAGAUUCAAACACCAGCAACUUGAGCUGGUGGAUUGGAGGAGGACUGGAAGAGAACAAUGAAAUCAAUGAGGGGGAGAGCGUAGCCUCCUGCACGUACCUGAAGUUGAAUCCCCUUGAACUGGUCACUGCAGCCGACUGUGGAGAGCAGCGUGGCUUCCUCUGCGCCCACAGUUCUCUCUCUGCAUCUGAAGAGGAGAAUUCAUUUCAAACAAGGAAAAACACCCAUUCACGGUUCAGAAGAGAGAUUAUAGUCAUCAAUAGAAUAAAGAACAUUGAACGUACUUUGCGAGGCUUUGAACAAGCGUUUGCGGCGCCUUCAGCCGUCAACAGAACUUUCAUUAUACUUGAGUUAAUGACCGUAGCCAAGUUGCUGACCUUUCCUGUGAACAACAACACGGCAGCUCGGAUCCUGAACUGCACCACCGCCGUCAUGAAACUGUCAGUGACCAGAUGUGAUGUGGACAUAAACCCCAAUCCCACUGAAUUGUUUGAGCAGUGUUUUGAGAUCUUCAGAAUUGUUUCUCUUUUAAGUGGUUCCACGGAGGAAAUUGUGUUUCCUCAUCCAGAUGGGACUCUUUAUCAGAAAAGUUAUGAUGCAGCGAGUAUGGGCGAAGCAACACUGGGAUCAAAGGAAAAGGGAGAAUAUAUGGUUUUUCCACCUGCUGAACAACUGGCACCUUUUCUCAAGAACUCCAAAAACUUUGUCGGUCAGCUUAGUUCUUUCCGAUCAAACCCUCAUCCUACUGAUGAAGUGAUCAAUGGAUACCUCAUAAAAUGUGUCCUGAAUAAUCCAAUAACAGGAGAAUCACUGAAAGUGACAAAUCUCUCCACCCCAUUCGAAAUCUUCUUGCCCCGAUUCAAUGCCACAGAGAAGAACACUACAAUGUAUUUGGAGGAUCACAGUAAAGUAGUGACAGCCUUCAACGUCAGCGACGCAAACAUGACCGUAGUUCUGAUCAUGGAGCCCAACGCCAACGUGUCGCUGCGCCUGAUGCUGCAUCACGGCUCGCCUCCAAACAGUAGCUUCAAUGGCACUCAAGUCAUCCUCAGUCCACAAGAGGGCUACCGCUGGAUGAUCACCCCCAGCAUGUUGGAGGGGAAGAGCGGAACGUGGUUCGUCGAUGCCCGGUUAUACAACUCGACCUGGUUCUCCGGCAUGACGCUGAAUGUCAUCUCACACAUGACCAAGUGCAUGUACUGGGAUGUGGAGGACAAAAUGUGGAACACGGCCGGAUGCCAGGUUGGCCCAAAAAGCACCCCUGCGGUCACGCAGUGCCUCUGUAACCACUUGACUCUGUUUGGGAGUUCCUUCUUUGUGAUGCCCAACUACGUGGACUUAUCCCGCACUGCAGAGCUGUUUGCCACUGUCUCCAAAAACUAUGUGGUUCUGGCCCUGCUCUGUGCUUUCUUCGGCUUCUACUUCAUGACUCUAAUGUGGGCGUGUUAUGCUGACCGUAAAGCCUCCUCCAAGCGGAAGAUCACCCUGUUAGAAGACAACCAUCCGGGAGCUCAGUACACCUACCUGGUCUGUGUCCACACUGGUCAUCGGAAAAAUUCUGGGACAACUGCAAAUGUAAUGGCAAAAGUCAUUGGCUCCGAGGGAGAGAGUGACACCCAUAAUCUCAUCGAUCCAGAGAAACCCGUCUUUGAGCGUGGGUCUGUGGACGUCUUUCUUUUGGCCACUCCGUAUCCUCUGGGAGAACUGAAGAACUUGCGGCUACAGCACGACAACUCAGGAGGACGGCCAGCAUGGUACAUAAACCGAGUGGUCAUUCAAGACCUCCAAACCAAGAGUGUGUUUCACUUCUUCUGCGACUGCUGGUUGAGCUCUGACAAAGGAGAUGGAAUGACCAAGAAGACAUUCAACGUAGCAAAGAACAAUGAGAUUUCCAGUUUCAGAAACAUCUUCACAAGUCGGACGUCGAAUGGCUUCAGGGAUGAACACAUUUGGGUGUCUGUGUGGGACCCCCCCUCACGAAGCCCCUUCACUCGGGCUCAGAGGAUCUCCUGCUGCAUGAGUCUGCUCCUCUGCACCAUGGCCAUCAACAUCGCCUUCUGGAACAUCCCCAUCGAUGAAAGCUCUCCUGUAAUCCUUUCUAUAGGAAUCCUGAAGCUCACUUUGCAGGAGAUCAUGGUCGGCAUCCAGAGCGGUCUGCUCAUGUUCCCCAUAAACAUCCUGAUCAUCACCAUUUUCCGCAGCAUCAAACCUCGAAUCGUCACUAAAAAAGUCAUUGAAGAGGACUUCGUGAAGCCUCCUCCCGUUUCCAUUCCAAGCAUUUUAAAGGAAACGGAGGAGGUGAUUACAAUGGUAAGUCAAAGUCCAAGAAACAAGAUUUGUCUGUCGAAGCAUCUGGAGUCCAGCUUUGAUCUCUGUCCAGCCUUGGAGAAUGUGCACGAGUUCAUUCAGCUUAUGCAAGGUGAGACUGUGAGCGACUCUCACUGGGUCUACUGCAGUAAGUUCGUUCUGUGUGGCCUCUGUCACCUGCUGCAGACUCUUGAGAAACUCGACGCCAAAAACUUCCCCACCACGUACGAGUACCAGCACGUCCUCAGCACCACCAACCUCCUGGUGCGAAAGGCUGAGAUGGUGUUUACCAGCCACCUGGCUUACUGUCCUUCUCCAGUGAGGGUGGUGAAGAAGAAGCACAAUGCGACGUGCUGGCUGCCCUGGUGGUGUGUGUUCAUCGGCUGGUUCUUACUGCUCUCCAUCAGCGUCAUCUCCACCUUCUUCACACUGCUCUACGGGUUUGAGUACGGCAAAGAGAAGUCCAUCAAGUGGGUCAUGUCCUUGGGCCUUUCUCUGUUCCAAAGCAUCUUCAUCCUUCAACCGCUAAAGGUGGUCGGCCUUGCUGUGUUUUUCGCUCUGCUGUUGAAACCUGUUGCUAUGGAGGAGACGGAAGAACUUGAACAAGUGCUGAUUUCACAACAAGAGAAAGGCAGACGCUACACCGGCCGUGAUAUCUAA